UGCUCUUGUAGGCAGAAGAAGAGUGCCCGUGUGUUGAAGAGGAAGGUUGGGUGAAGAAGUGUGUUGGAGGUCUGGGAGUGGCAUUCCUCCUCCUCCUCCUCCUGUUCCCACCCUAUACUGAUGACAAGGAGGAGGAGCUGAUGAGGAGCACUGAGGGCUACAGAGAGCGGAGUGAGGAGGGACAGCUCGGGAUCUGAUGAGGGAUUCGCACCCGGCAUAUCCCCUCUGUGUAUGGAAUGUUGCUGGUAACUCUCUUCCUGCUGUGUUCAGUGCAGACAGCUUGCUUGGAGGAUGCUGGCACAAGUCUAUACUUUGUGAACAAUUCCUUGCUACAGAUCACCUUUUCCAGCACAGUGGGGGUGUUCAUCCCCUGCCCUGCCGCCGGAGCUCCCAGCGCCACACUCCGAUGGUACCUUGGGACAGGAGAUGACAUUUAUGACGUGCCUCACAUUAGGCACGUCCAUGCCAAUGGCACUCUCCAGCUAUUCCCCUUCUCCCAGUCCGCUUUCAAUAGCUUUAUACACGACAAUGACUAUUUCUGUACAGCCGAGAACCCUGCCGGCAAAAUACGAAGUCCAAACAUCCGCGUCAAAGCUGUUUUCAGGGAGCCGUACACAGUGCGGGUGGAAGAUCAGAGCGCCAUGCGUGGCAGUGCUGCUGUAUUCAAGUGCCUCACUCAGCCCUCUGUGCAGGAGUAUGUCAGUGUGGUGUCCUGGGAGAAGGACACCGUGUCCCUCAUAUCAGAGGGGAGAUUUGUCACGUCACCAUUGGGUGCCCUUUAUAUCUUGGAUGUACAGAAGGAGGAUGCAUUGUCAACGUAUCGCUGUAUCACCAGACAUCGCUAUAGCGGAGAAACACGUCAAAGCAAUGGAGCACGUCUUAUAGUAUCAGACCCUGCAGAAUCUGUCCCCAUUCUUCUUGAUGGAUUUCAAUCCCAGGAGAUCUUCGUGGGAGAAAAAGUAGAGCUACCAUGUGUUGCCUCAGGAUAUCCAAACUUAGCUUCGCGUUGGAUUAAAGAUGGCCGCCCAGUGCCUUCUGACAGCCGCUGGAGCAAACGUAGCACAGGACUGAGUAUGACAGAUCUGCAGCUGGAAGAUAGUGGAACGUAUAUCUGUGAGAUCACAAAUAGCUUUGGCUCUGCUGAAGUUGCUGGCGGCCUGACUGUAAUAGAACCCCUUCGUGUGACUCUAACACCCAAGAAGCUCAAGACUGGCAUUGGCAGUACCGUCAUCUUGUCCUGUUCUAUCAGUGGAUCCCCUGGUUAUCAUGUCCAGUGGUACAGAAAUAUAGAGCCUGUUACGGCAGAUGAGUUCAUCUCUAUACGGGGAACAGAUAAUGAAACACUUGUUAUUAGCAGUGCUCAGAAAAUCCACUCUGGAGCCUAUCAGUGCUUUGGGAGUCGUAAAACACAAACUGUCCAAGACUUCGCAAUUGUAGUUCUAGAAGAUGGCACACCUCGUAUCCUCUCAUCAUUCAGCGAAAAAGUAAUGAAUCCAGGAGAACCAUUCUCACUUAUGUGCUCUGCCAAGGGAGCUCCUCCCCCAACUAUCAGUUGGACUCUUGAUGAUGAACCCAUACAGCGGGAUUCAGGGCACCGUUCAAAUCAAUAUACUGCCUCAGAUGGCAGCACUAUCAGUUACAUGAAUGUGAGCAGUCCACAGAUCAUAGACGGGGGUGUGUACAGAUGUUUGGCACGCAACUCAGUGGGGAGUGCAGAAUAUCAAGCUCGAAUAAACGUAAGAGGACCUCCUAGUAUUCGGCCCAUGAAGAAUCUAACAGCAGUGGCUGGAAGAGACAGCUUCAUUCACUGCCGAGUAAUUGGGUACCCUUACUACUUCAUCAGCUGGUACAAAGAUUCUUUGCUGCUACCUGAUAACCAUAGACAGGUUGUGUUUGAGAACGGAACCCUAAUGCUAAGCGAUGUCCAGAAAGGCAUGGAUGAAGGAGAAUAUCUCUGCAGUGUCCUAAUACAGCCCCAACUUUCUAUCAGCCAGAGUGUCCACAUCACAGUGAAAGUGCCUCCACUUAUUCAGCCAUUUGAGUUUCCCCCUGCCUCCAUUGGACAGCUACUGUAUAUCCCAUGUGUGGUGUCAUCUGGAGAUAUGCCAAUUCGCAUCACUUGGCGCAAAGACGGACAAGUUAUUGUCUCUGGAUCUGGCAUCACCAUUGAGACCAAGGAAUUCAUGAGCUCCCUGCAGAUCUCCAGUGUGUCUCUCAAGCAUAACGGAAACUACACGUGUAUAGCAAGUAAUGAUGCAGCCACAGUAAGCCGGGAGAGACAGCUAAUUGUACGAGUGCCCCCCAGAUUCGUCGUUCAGCCUAACAAUCAAGAUGGAAUUUAUGGCAAAGCUGGAGUCCUGAAUUGUUCAGUUGAUGGCUAUCCACCGCCAAAGGUGGUAUGGAAACAUGCUAAAGGUAGUGGAAAUCCUCAGCAGUACCACCCUGUGCCUCUCACAGGUCGAAUCCAGAUUUUGCCUAACAGUUCACUACUAAUACGUCAUGUCCUGGAAGAGGACAUUGGAUACUAUCUCUGCCAGGCCAGCAAUGGAGUGGGCACCGAUAUCAGCAAGUCUAUGUUCCUCACUGUGAAAAUUCCUGCAACUAUCACCUCCCACCCCAACACCACCAUUGCAAUCAAAGGUCAAACCAAAGGCCUGAACUGUACAGCGCGGGGAGAGCGUCCCAUCAUUAUUCGCUGGGAAAAGGGAGACACAGUAAUAGAUCCAGACAGGAAUCUGCGCUACGUGAUUGCCACAAAAGACAGCGGAGAUGAGGUUAUCUCAACCCUGACGCUCAAGCCAGCUGAGCGCGGAGACUCGGUUUUCUUUUCCUGCCAUGCUAUCAAUUCUUAUGGAGAAGAUAGGGGUCUCAUCCAACUCACUGUUCAAGAGCCACCAGAUCCACCUGAACUGGAAGUCCGAGAAGUGAAAGCUCGCAGUAUGAAUCUGCGAUGGACGCAAAGAUUUGAUGGAAACAGCAUUAUAACUGCCUUUGACAUUGAGUACAAAAACAAGUCAGAUACCUGGGAAUAUAAGCAAUCCACCCGUAACAUUUCACCUAGCAUCAACCAGGCCAACAUUGUUGAUCUCCACCCAGCAUCAGUGUACAGCAUCCGAAUGUAUUCCUUCAACAAGAUUGGCCGCAGUGAACCCAGCAAAGAGCUCACUAUUAGUACAGAGGAGGCAGCUCCUGAUGGGCCACCAAUGGAUGUUACACUGCAGCCACUAACCUCACAGAGCAUCCAAGUCACUUGGAAGGCUCCAAGAAAAGAAUUACAGAAUGGAGUAAUCCGUGGAUAUCAGAUUGGAUACCGGGAAAAUGGACCGGGCAGUAACGGGCAGUACAGUAUUGUAGAGAUGAAAGCUACUGGUGAUGGGGAGGUGUACACACUUGACAACAUGAAGAAGUAUGCUCAAUAUGGUGUAGUCGUCCAAGCAUUUAAUAGAGCAGGAACUGGACCUUCCUCUACAGAGAUUAAUGCCACAACGUUGGAAGAUGUGCCUAGCCAGCCCCCAGAAAAUGUUCGAGCUCUUUCCAUUACCUCAGAUGUAGCUGUCAUAUCCUGGUCCGAGCCACCUCGAAGCUCUCUCAAUGGGGUUCUUAAGGGUUACAGAGUCAUUUACUGGUCACUGUAUCCAGAUGGAGAAUGGGGGGAAAUGCAGAAUAUAACCACACCACGUGAGCGUGUGGAGCUAAAGGCACUUGAGAAAUUUACUAACUAUAGUGUGCAAGUUCUGGCAUACACACAAGCAGGAGAUGGAGUCCGCAGCAGUGUUCUAUAUCUACAAACCAAGGAAGAUAUUCCAGGUCCUCCUGCUGGGAUUAAAGCAGUGCCAUCUUCAUCCAGUAGUGUUGUUGUAUCUUGGCUACCUCCAACCAAACCAAAUGGUAUUAUCCGAAAAUAUACAAUAUUUUGUUCAGUUCCUGGAUCUGGCCAGCCUGCUCCCAGUGAGUAUGAAACAAGUCCUGAUUUCCUUCACUAUCGAAUAAUGCACCUACUUCGAGGGCAACAGUAUAUGCUUUGGGUGGCUGCAGUUACGUCUGCUGGACGGGGCAAUGUAAGCGAAAGAGUAAUGAUUACACCAGAUGGCAAAGCUCCUGCCAAAAUUAUAUCAUUUGGAGGCACUGUAAGUACACCUUGGAUGAAAGAUGUGCGUCUACCAUGCAGCUCAGUGGGGGAGCCAGGACCAGCCAUUAAAUGGACUAAAGACAGUGAGGACUCGGCUAUUCCAGUGGCAUUGGAUGGGCAUAGAUUAAUUCAUCCCAAUGGCACACUAACUCUACGUUCUGUCAAAGCAGAGGAUUCUGGUUAUUAUACCUGCACAGCUACCAACACUUGGGGAUUUGAUACAAUUAUUGUAAACCUCUUGGUGCAAGUUCCCCCAGAUCAGCCUCGCCUCACUGUAUCUAAAUCCACAGCCUCUUCUAUCACAUUGGCAUGGAUCCCAGGAGACAACGGUGGCAGCUCAAUAAGAGGAUUUGUCCUUCAAUACUCUGUAGAUAAUGGUGAAGAGUGGAGAGACGUGUUCAUCAGUUCUUCUGAGCGAUCAUUCCGACUGGAGAAUUUAAGAUGUGGCACAUGGUACAAAGUAAAACUAGCAGCCAAAAACAGUGUUGGUGCUGGGCGAAUCAGUGAAAUCAUCGAGGCCAAGACUCAUGGGAGAGAGCCAUCUUUUAACAAAGACCAGCCUAUUUUUACUCAUGUGAAUUCAACUCAUGCCCGAAUGAACCUCCAUGGCUGGAACAGUGGAGGAUGUCCAAUUACCUCUGUUAUCCUUGAGUAUCGCCCCCGAAAUAGUUGGCAAUGGCAAAGCAUCCGUGGAAAUGUUACUAGUGAUGUCUUUCUAACAGAUCUGCGUGAGGCCACUUGGUAUGAGCUAAAGAUGAGGGCCUGUAACAGCGCUGGAUGUGGGAAUGAGACAUCACAGUUUGCCACACUAGAUUACGAUGGAAGUACUAUUCCUCCUAUUAAGUCGGCUCAGGGUGAGAGUGAUGAUGUCAAGAAGCUUUUCUCCAUAGCUAGUCCUGUCAUACUGGCCACAGUAGGAGUCGCACUUUUAUUUAUAAUACGUAAGAAGAGGAAAGAGAAGAGACUGAAGAGGCUUAGAGAUGCAAAAAGUCUUGCAGAGAUGCUAAUCAGCAAAAACAACCGCAGUUUUGACACACCUGUGAAGGGACCACCGGCUGGGCCAAGGCUACACAUCGAUAUCCCCAGAGUCCAACUUCUUAUUGAAGAUAAAGAGGGUGUCAAGCAACUUGCAGGAGAUGAUAAAGCAACACUGCCGAUAACAGACCCUGAAUUCAGCCCAACUGUGAACCCACAAAGUUUCUGUACUGGAGUUUCUUUGCAUCACCCUGCAUUGAUCCAAAACUCUGGGCCACUUAUUGAUAUGUCUGACAUCCGACCAGGAACCAAUCCAGUUUCUCGAAAAAGUGUAAAGUCUGCUCACAGCACCAGAAACCGAUACUCAAGCCAAUGGACACUCACAAAGUGCCAGAGUUCCACUCCUGCCCGAACUCUGACCUCUGAUUGGAGGACGGUGGGGUCUCAACAUGGCAUUACUGUGACUGAGAGCGAUAGUUACAGUGCCAGCCUUUCUCAGGAUACAGACAAAGGUCGGAACAGCAUGGUCUCGACAGAGAGUGCAUCCUCCACAUAUGAAGAACUUGCACGUGCCUAUGAGCAUGCCAAGCUUGAAGAACAGCUACAGCAUGCCAAGUUUGAGAUUACAGAAUGCUUCAUCUCAGACAGUUCCUCAGAUCAAAUGACAACAGGAACCAAUGACAAUGGGGACAGUAUGACCUCCAUGAGCACUCCUUCGGAACCAGGCAUUUGUCGCUUCACUGCAUCACCUCCCAAACCACAGGACAGUGAUCCAAGCAAGAAUGUGGCUGUGCCUAUCCCUCACAGAGCAAAAAGUGAAUACUGCAAUCUUCCACUGUAUGUAAAAUCUGAUCCCCAUUUUCGUAAGCCUGACCCUCAUGACUCUUGUCCUGUAGUGCCUCCAAGAGAGGCCUCUAUGCGUAAUCUGAGCCGCGGUUAUCACUCACGCCAUCUGACUCUAGAGCCGGGUGCUAAACCCCCACCUGGCCUGUCACACCCAGCCCCAUCUGGUGGGAACUUACCUCAACGGACUCUUCACAUGGCUGGUGCUUCGGCCUCUGCUCCAUCAGCCCCCACAGCCACGGCGCCAUCUGCCCCCGCUGAACCUGCUGCCUCUGCCGGACCUUUAGAGAAUCGUUUACCUGCCCAGCACAGCAAGAUGGGCGGCUCCCGGGACUCUUUGCUGGAAAUGAGCAAUUCUGGAGGUGGCCGGGCACAGAAACAAGGAGCAGGAGCCUAUUCUAAAUCUUACACAUUGGUCUGACACCCACCCCUCCCGACACUUCUCUCCCUACGUACUCACAGACUGCAAAAUCCCUUCCCCCUGCGCAGUGUCUUGGCUGUAUUUCUAUAUUUUGAAAGAAACAUUUAAAAAAAAAGGACAAAUUGAAAAUUUAAACAAAAACUUGGUGAUAAAAGACACAUUUUUUUGUAUGAAAAAUACCUAUUUUCUUCUUCAGGAUAAAAACAAAUAAGAAAAGAAAUCUGUAUUUUAUCUGUGGCACAUGAGAGUGAAGAGAAGAGAGAGAGCUGCAUGCAGAAUUCUCGGAGGUUGCCUGAGUGUGCUAUAUGUUAAGUGAUUCUGAAGAGUGUGUGGAGACUGUGUUUCCAGGAAUAAAGAAAUGUAUUCACAUGGCGAUGACAUUCUCAAGAGGUUUAUCCGUUUGUCCAAGAGCUUCAAAGUGAACCUGUCACCAAAUGUAUUAUUCUGUAUUAAGAGUUUUUUUAAUGAAUAAAUCAUUUAUAUAAAUUGU